AUGGUCUUACAAUAAGAAUAAAAUUCUCCGAGCCUUCUUUGAUAUUUCUCUAUAGAAAUUGUACAAUCUCUUCAAAUAAUAUUAAAUUCACAAAGUCGGCGUUCUUUGUACACAUUGCAUCAUGGCUCUUGCUGAGCUCAAACUCCGCCAAAGGAGCGACUAUGGCUUUUUCUUGGACUGCUGCACGCGAUGGAAUGACAAUGACAUGUACGGCCACGUGAACAAUAGCAUAUAUUAUUUUCUCUUCGACUCUAUCGUAAACACCUAUUUGAUCCAGCACUGUGGACUACAGCCGCUCACGUCAGCGCAAAUUGGUCUGGUCGUGCACUCUCACUGCAAUUAUUUUUCUCCUGUGAGUUUUCCGGCAACGCUGAAGCUUGGCCUACGGACCAAUCGACUUGGAACGUCGAGCGUAGAGUACGAGAUUGGUGUGUUUGAGCGCGGGUGUCCGGAAGUCAAAGCGGUUGGGGGAUUCGUGCAUGUAUUUGUUGCCAGAGAGGCAGGGCGGCCAGUCAAGCAGGGUAUGCCGUUGGAGAUGAGAGAAGGGCUGGAAAAGUUGUUGCAAAGGGGCAGCAUUUCUUCGAAGUUAUAAAAUUGAUAGGCAUUUGGCAUUGGGAAGAGGGGUUCGCGCGAUGGACAUUAAAAUGGCAACUUUGGGCGCUGUAGCAUGCAUAUUACGUGGCAGAGUAAUCUGGGAUAUAGCAGGAGUUCACAGACAAACUAGUUGACGAUUUGCUAUUGCUUGAAAUUUAAAAAUAACAACUUGCUGUUUCCCAU